AUGUGCGUCCAUGUCUGGUGUGUUGCUGUCGUCUGGCGCUGCUACUGCUACCUCGGUGAUAAGAAGGUAGCCGAACACAUUGGCGAACAACUCCAAGCCACAUCUCUUGCCUUCGCCUAUGAAUACACCCAGCCACCACCAUAUGCCGACACUAUCGAGAAGAGUCCUUUGACGAUCGCUUAG